AUGGCUUCCCCACUCCCGCCGUCGGCAGCUGGUACACCACGAGCAGCCUCGCCGCUACACUCCGACGACGCCGCGCAUUCUCUCUCGACCUCGCUCCCUCCGCACGACGAUGGACACACCAUGGCGACACCAAUCGAAGCAGACGGAGCGCGGAAGACGGGUGUGGCUGCGAAUGUCGUGACCGCGUCUGCAUCCGACGACGACGUCAACAGAGCACCAAAAGGGAAGGAGAAGGUCGCAAAGGGCCCGCUGAGACUGCUGGACCUGCCCGUGGAUAUCCUGAAGGAGAUGAUACACCAGCUCCCCCAUACCAACGACCUCACGUCCCUCUCGCUCUGCCACUCGGCUCUGCACCGGCUCACGAUACCAUGCAUCUACUCGCGCUUCGACAUCGUAUGGCCAGACGAGAGCACGCACACGGAGCCGCGGUCCGGCGUGGAUGCGCUCACGUACGGCCUGGCCACGCUGGUCAUGGGCGACGACUGCUUCCCCCACCAGAACCGGCUGCGGCAGCAAGGGAACAGCCCAGGUGCACUCGUCAGGCCCGCAGCGACGCCAUAUCCCGUCCAACCGCGACGAUUUGGCAACUACUACGGGCAGUUCACCAAGAAGUUCUCCCUCGGCAACGGCCCGCAGGCGUGGGUGCAGGAGUACAUGAUCACCAAGGAGGGCGGAAAGAUGCUUGGUACGCUGGUCGCGCUUGCCAUUGCGCGCAUGAUCAACCUCGAGACUUUUGUAUGGGACAUGCCGACAGGCGUGUUGCGGGACGUGUGGCUUGCGCUCUCCAGCCUCGCCCAUCGGAGUGACGGUGAAGAUUGCCGGCUGGAACGACUGUGGAUCCGAUGGCACGACAACACCAUCGACUCGCCCAUGCCACCGCCUGCGCCGCCGAUGAUUCUCAACAACGUCGGCGUUCCUCCACCUCCUGGCACUACACAUCCGAGCGGUCUCGGGACGGUCCAGUCGCCAGCCGUCGCGCCUCAGCCGUACCUACCGAGCAACGUCUCUGCCCUGGAUCGCGUUGAGCACCCUACCUUCUCUGCCAUACCCGCACUCAAGAGCCUGAGCGUUCUCGACAUCGACGAACUGCCAUACUUGGAGGAGAUGAGCAUACUCAUUGCAAGGUCGCAGAAGAAGUUGCGCGAACUUCGUGUCGGUAUUGCUCCACAUGCGCAGCAACGGGACUGGGUCACGGUGUGGGAAGGCGAUGGCUUGCAACAAGUCGACUACAGUGUAAACACGACAGCCGCCAGUACGCUCGGCGAGAAGAGACUGGGUGGUGUGCUCGGGAUCUUGGUCGGCCGAGUGCACAAUAUGCGCCAUUCCGAGGACUCACAACCACUCAAAGCGCCUGCAGCCACAUCUACUGAGCGACCGGUCGAGGCGACGCCAACCAAAACAACGACAUCAAACAUACUGCCAUCCAUAGCCAGCCUGUCGAUGCAGGAUCGCGAAGCCGAGCAGGACGUAGAUCAUUUCGGAAAUCCCAUGGAAGAGUCCGAGAUAGUCGAGGAACAGGACCCGGUCGACGACGACAUAGCAGCUGAAGUUGAACAGGUCACAGCACCUCUACUAGCUAAUCCCGUUCGGACCCCACUGAAACCAGUUGCUGAUUCGACCGCUCAAGAGGCGUCCGCUGGUACUAAGAACAGUUCCGAAGACCCGCCAGAGGAGCUCCUGAACGGCAAGCUGAAGUUGGAAGUCUUGGAGCUCGAACGUGUACCGUUGUCAGUGGCUGUUCUGCGGAGAGCAUUCGACUGGUCGAUAUUGUCGACUCUGACACUGCUUCAUUGCAGCAACCAUGAGCAGCUGUGGAAGGUCCUCCGACGACAAUACACUCCUCGCUCUUCUUUCCCUGGAUCACCGUCACCGUCAAAAGCUUACAAAGCAUCAUACACACUACGAUCUGAGUACCAGCUGAACCUCAAGCGGAUACAUACGAACACAGUUUCGCCGGCUUUGAUCUCAUUCUUGAAAGAAACUUUGGCUCCAAACAGUCUCGAGGUGCUCUUCCUCCAAGAGAGUCGUUCAUAUUCGUCUACUGUAACAGUGGAUGCGAUAUAUCGAGGACCGAUGCGAAGACAUAGAGCGAGCUUGAAGAAGCUGAUGAUCGACAGUGGUGAGAAGGGGCCUGAUGGACACACAAACACCAGCUCGAGGUGGCGUCGAUGGAUGCUCAACCGCGAGAUACUCACAUUCAUCACAAGUGGACGCAUGAGUAGUUUGCGAGAGCUUGCAGUGUCCAUCGACUACAAGGACUGGCACCACUUCCUGCAGCGCCUUCCAUACAUACCGCAUAUCCGUUCACUCUACAUCCCCUUCAUCGCGGAUCAUGCACACGGCAGCAACAUUGACCCGCGCGAACUAGCCUACCAGAUCCUCGACAUUGUGCAUCUGCGCCCGGAAAUUGAGCUAUGUUACAUGGGUCUAUCAUCUAAAUGUUUCGAGAUUCUAGAGAACAGGCCAUCGAAUUACGAUCUCCGGCAUGAUGGUAUGCACGCUGAUGGCAGCGGUUCGGGUUAUACUGUGCAGGAUCCAAUGAUGUCUGAUGACGAGAGCGAAGCCACGGAAGAUGAAGAUGAUGACGAUGCGGACGACAGCGCAGUUGCUCCUACUGGAGACGAAACGGAGAGCGAAGCAAGCGAUGACAACGACGUCGAGAGCGACAACGAGUCGUUCAUACAUGAGUCGCACAAGGGCCCGAAGCUGCGCGUACGAGAGAUUUUGUUUUACGAAGAGCGCGUCGAGGCGUUCAGGCGACGACAUGGCGUUCUCAGGCCAUGAUGACGGCGCGUAUAUAUGCUGGAAAUUCAAGGGCAUCAAAUGGGACCAGGGACAGGCGGACUAUUGGCGUUUUUAUCAGGGAUAUCCUUCUGCCGAAUGGGCAUGACUUGGGACAGGCAUGGUGUUGAGGGAUGUCCAGAGAUCGGAUUCGUAUUUUAUGUAGUAUUAUAUUAGGAAUGAACGCUGCGUGGUUGCAGGUAUCAAUGGAAACGUUUAUAGAGUAAGCAGGUACUUUUCAC